AUGAGGUUGAGUGGCGCACUCGAAGUUGCUGCGUCCGGCUUGGGUGCGAACUUCGCUGGGCGCCGGCCCAACCCUACCAACCAGAGCCGCCUCGACGAGCUUGAGGAGGUGUUUGUUGAGCUGGUGCGCCGCUCUCACUCCUUGCCGCUGCCCCAGAAUUUGCUGACCUACAUGGACUCUUCAAUGGGCCACAGCGAAGCCUGGCCUAGUGUCGUGCCAGCUCAAGGGCGUGGGCCGAAGGCUAUGAAGCGGCCCGCCACGGCAGUGCUGGCAAAGAAGCCAGCCAGCAAG